AUGUGUAUCCACUUGAAGAAAAAUUUAUCAUUCAGGGAAGAAUUUACAUAUUUCUUAGAUCAAUAUGAUGGAAAUUCCGAUCUUGUCAUAUCUAUGUCACGGAUGAAAUUUGAGGAAAUAAGCAAUGAUAUUUUUAGUAGAAUAAUGGACGUGGUGGAAUUAUGUUUGGAAGAUUCAGAUCUAUCUAAAUCAGAUAUAGACGAAAUUAUUUUAGUGGGAGGGUCUACUAGGAUACCAAAAAUUAAAGAAAUGUUAACCUCUUACUUUGGAGUUGAGAAAAUCAAGAUGGACCUAAAUCCGGAUGAAGCGGCUUUUGUUUUGGCAGGACAUCAUGACAUGGAAAAGUAUAAGGUAAUUGAAGUAACUCCUUUAUCGCUUGGCGUUGAUGUAAAUCAAAAUCGGAUGUUGUUUUUGAUACCUAGAAAUUCUCCUCUACCCGCUAAAGCUUCUCAGCAUACGAAAACAGCUUUUAAUUACCAGACUUUAGCAGAAUUCACUGUUUACGAAGGUGAAAGGAAAAUUACUACUUACAAUAAUAUGCUCGGAAAAAUGACAAUAACAGGUUUGCCUAAAAAACGAGCAGGCGAUGUCGCAUUUUCUGUAAAUUUUGAUUUGGACGAAGAUGGCAUACUAAGUGUAUCAGCCACAGAGACUUCUACCGGUAAUAGCAAUAAGUUGGUGGUAACAAUGGGACACUUCCGAUUAAGCGACAGGAAAAUUAAAUCCUCACUCGAAGACGCAAAGAAACACAAAACUUAAGACGAUGUUUUCGAAAAUUUUUUUGAUCUCAAAUCUCCAUUUCAUGUAUAUUGUCAUCGAGUACUUUACGACAUAAACAAAAUUUCUUUAGAAACAGACAAAAAUUUCGUGAAAGAACGUUGCGAAAAUUUUUUAACAGAUUCGGAUAUCCUGGAUUUUAACGAAAUUGAGAAACUAGAAACCAUGUUUGCAGAACAUUACGCAUCGAUAUCUCAUAUAUUAAAGAGAAAUUCGAUGUUGGUGUUAACAGAUACACUAUAAAAAAAUAUUUAAAAAAAGAAUGUUGAAACCAACUUUUAUUCGCUAUACUAAAUUUCACAGUAAAUAUACAGGGUGUUAGUAAAUAAGUGCGACAAAUU